AUGAUAGAUACCGGCGGCAAUGGACAGCAAGUGUUCUCUGGGCAGCUGGUGGCUGUGAACCUUCACGAGUUCGGGGGAGUGCAGUACGCACUCCGCGGCGAUGAUGGAAACUUGGUGGGCAUCACGAAAGACAUUAAACUGCCAGUACGCGAUGUGGCAAACAAGGCCAUUUCAGUUGGUGCCCAGGUCGCCUUUGUAAGUCGGGUUCAACCUCCUGAAACCCCCCAAACCCUAUCCCGUCCCGUCCCGCAGAGGUGCUCUGUGAGCUCGUCUACCGGCUUCUGCGCGAGCAUUGAGCGAGCCAACACGCAGGUUCUUCAAGAUGCGAAUGUCGUACCGUUGCCCAGCACUGGCAUCGUCCAGAGGCGGUUAGUCAUCAUCCUCGACUAUUCCGCUUGUGGCUAUCCGGCCACUCUGACGGAAGAUACCGCGAGGACGAUCUUCCUGGGUGAUGAUUGGGACGGCAACGGCGGAAUCGCCCAAAAGUUCGCACAGUGCUCGUACGGCAAGCUCACGUUUGAUGCGGCGAGGUUCACGGUGAUUAAAGUUGCGGCGCCGUGCUCUAGCGUCGUGUCCACGUGCAGCUGGUAUGAUAUAGCCAACGGCGCCGAUGCUGCCGCUAAGAAUUUUACGGGCUUGCCGGGCUACAAUUUCUACAGCUUCACGCACACCACAUACGUUCUGCCACCUGCCAUGCAAGGUGUUUGCAGUUGGUCGGGUCUAGCGCUGCUGCCCGGCACGCAAACGUGGUUGCAAACUACAUCCUACGGUGUUUACCGCUGGGCAACGGCCAUGCAAGAGAUCCUGCACAACUACGGCUUGUGGCACUCAUGGCAAGGUGGUUUCGAGUACGAGGACUACUCCACUGCGAUGGGCCGCGGCAGCGCAUGUCCCAACGCCGCCGAGGCAUCCCGCAUGGGCUGGAUCACUUCCAUCCCCAACGCUGGAGCUCUCAACUCAGGCUCUCUGCCCAUCGCUACCGGGCGGACUUUCAUACUACCCGCCACCUACCUCACCAGCGAGGGCGUAUUUAUUCGGAUCCAGCCAGACUGGGUGACAAACUACGGUGCCACCGGCAAAAACCUUUACAUGGCGGUGCGCGUGCCGAAGGGCGCGGACACGACGAUCAACCUUAAUUACGCCAACCGGCUCAACAUUCACGAAGUCAACGCGACGAUGGACAACGUAGCUCCCGCAGCUCCAUACACCUACACGGAUCGCAAGGUGCAGUACAUUAACAAUGUACGUAGCAUGUCUACGGUGACGCUGACGGCCUACAAUCUCCUGGUGUACGGCGGUGCUUGGGUCCGUCCCGAUACAUUGCGUGUGCACAUCUGUCGCUUCCGUACUGCCGCUACGGAGUGUCCUUCGUUGGCGAACAUGGAACCGGAGAUGCCAGACCCGCCGCUUCAGCCACUUCCGCCACCACCAGCUGGCCCAGACGCGCCGCCGCCGCCGCCGCCGCCAAGCCCGGACCCGUCGCCGCCUCCCAGCCCCAGACCACCCAUGCCCCGAUCACCCAGCCCACCGCCGCCCAGCCCUUACCCGCCCAGCCCGCCGCCACCAAGGCCCCCACCCCCU